AUGGGCUGCGGGGGCAGCCGGGCCGACGCUAUCGAGCCCCGCUACUACGAGAGCUGGACGCGGGAGACCGAGUCCACCUGGCUGACCAACACGGACUCCGAGAGCCCGCCGCAGGAGGGCGGCAGCGCCGAGGGCCCCGGCCGGGAGCAGGGCGGCCCGCGCCCCGGUCUUCUGGAGGAUGGGAAAUUGGCUCACACAGGUGUAUCUACAGCACCAGCCACAGCUGGAAUGCUGAAUGCUGAGAAGAAGAACAACUGUGGCCCUCAGUGUGCAAACCCCACAGUCCACGGCAUGGGAACUACAGCACAGAGACAGAAUGGCUUCAGGACCACAGAGAGUAAAUGGGACACACAGAAAACCUCCACACAAGAAGUUGCCAGUAAUGUUACAAAAGGCAUCAGACAAAUUGACAGAAGAAAAACAAAGAAUUGUGCCAAUUAAUGAAGAAAAUUGCAGGUGACGAUGGACUUAACAAAGCUUCACUGCACUUUAAAUAUCAUUCACUGAAGACAUGAAGAUCUCUAGGUGUUCCAGGUUGAAUACAGCAGGCAGCUGCUACUGAGUGCCUCCAGAAGCAGGUCUUGUGGAAACCACCUGCAAGCACUGUAGACGUUGUUUGUCUAAAGCAGCAGCACCAUACAGACAUACACAGAAAUUCAUGACAUUU